AUGGCUUCCCAAAUCUUGUAUCGCGCCGCGGCAUUCGCGGCGGUGGCCAUUACGACCGGUUUUGCAGCGCCUUCAGGCUCACCUCCAACAGUCCAUGCCGCAGCAGGCAUUUUCGUCGGCAACACAUCAAUAACAGGUCUUGAUCAAUUCCUUGGGAUUCCAUAUGCGAUGCCUCCCCUCGGACCCUUACGAUUCACGAAUCCUCAGCCAUUUCCAGUAAAGGCUCUGGGAAAUCCAUUCUUGGCAACUGAAUAUUCACCUGGGUGUUUACAAGAUCCGUUAUAUGCCUUGUACAACGGACUCAGUGAAGACUGCCUGACUUUGAACGUCAUUCGCCCCCAAGGCUUGCCUUCUACGGCAUCACUUCCUGUACUGUUCUGGAUUCAUGGCGGUGGCAAUGAGAACGGCCAGUCCAUCUUUUACAACGGCACUGCCUUGGUCCAGUAUUCUGUCCAGAUUGGUCAACCCAUCAUCUACGUUGCAUGUAACUAUCGUCUUGGAGGAUUUGGCUUCCUGAAUAGCCCCGCGUUCCAGGCCGAGGGCAUUUCCAAUCUCGGGCUGAAAGACCAAUAUCUCGCCCUGCAGUGGGCUCACGAGAAUAUUGCGAGCUUCGGAGGAAACCCUAAUAAGGUUGUCAUCUUCGGGGAGUCCGCAGGGGCGUGGGAUGCACAAGCCCAAAUGCACCGCGCUUACACACUUAACGAGACCAACAGGCUUUUCCAAGGCAUGAUUACGGAGUCAGGCGCUUUUGGUGGGCUUGGAGCUCCCCUUGUAGAGAAACCAGCAGCUGGGCUUGCAGCAUACAAUGUUCUCCUGAACCAAACGAAUUGUCUCAACGCUUCAGAUACCGUCGCCUGUCUUCGAACAGUGGACGUGUCCAUUCUGUCUCCCCUGUUGGUCGAGGGCGCAUUUGGCUUUCUGUACACGCUCGACAACGAUUGGUUCAAGAAGAAUCUCACAGAAAUCCUGGUCGACUACGAAUUCGCACAGAUACCCUUCAUCCAUGGCUGUAACCUGGACGAGGGCUCGGUGUUUAUGGCUGAUCCAUUCAAUCCCCCAAACAGCUCCGCUCUUGUCGAGUAUAUUACUCCUUUACUCAGCAACCAGACCUCCCUAGCCCAGGGUAUCAUUCAAGUGUACGAGAACCUGUCCGAUGUGUCUCUCGGAAAAGGAUACAAUGCCGAUCCCACGGCAGGCCAUCCUUUCUGGACCGCCGUCGGUGUCUAUGGUGACGUGAAUUUCCACCUCGGCCGGCGUGCGUUCCUUAAGCUUGGGAGCACCAAGGUCCCCGCAUGGGGCUACUACUUCCGCCAACAACCGCCGUUGACGCAACUGAACCUAAGCUACGAAUAUCCCGGCAUGAGCACCGCAUACGAUCGGCGAGUCGCAGUCGAGCAUGGCGCCGAGUUAGCCUACGUAUUUGGCGAGGCCUCCCACCUCCAGGGUGCAACCGCAGGGGAUGUCAAUGUCUCAACCACCGUGAUGAGCGCCUGGAUCUCGUUCGCAUACAAGCUUGAUCCCAAUGCAGAUGGUGUACCGCAAUGGCCGCGCUACAACCAGUCGAAAGAAGGUAUCACGUUGGUCUUGGCCAACCAGGGCAACGAAACUAUUUCCGCUCAGCCCGACAUAUUAAGACAGCCAGUUUACAAUGCAUGGAACACCGCAAUGAAAAAGAUUGGUCAAGCCGCUUUAUUCUGA